AUGGCUCAGAAACCCUCACACAAGCAUUCCAAAAGCGUCAUGGCUGCUACCGCUCAGGACCACCUCGAGUUCGGAGGCAAGAUCUCAUGGCUUGCCUCCCUCGACACUGCCUUCCGACCUCAGCGCAACUACCGCCGCUCCUCCAUCAUCUGCACCAUUGGCCCCAAGACCAACUCUGUUGAGGCCAUCAACAAGCUCCGAGAUUCCGGUCUUAACGUUGUCCGCAUGAACUUCUCCCACGGAUCAUACGAGUACCACAAGUCUGUCAUUGAUAACGCUCGUGAGUCCGAGGCUACCCACGCUGGUCGCAAUGUUGCCAUUGCUCUUGACACCAAGGGCCCCGAGAUCCGAACGGGUAACACUCCCAACGAUGAGGAUAUUCCCAUCAGUGCUGGCCACGAGAUGAACAUCACCACCGACGAUUCUUAUGCCACUGCCUGUGACGACAAGAACAUGUACGUCGACUACAAGAACAUCACCAGUGUCAUCGAGCCCGGCCGUGUCAUCUACGUCGACGACGGUGUUCUCGCUUUCGACGUCCUCGAGAUCAAGGACGAGAAGACUAUCCGAGUCAAGGCCCGCAACAACGGUGCUAUCUGCUCCAAGAAGGGUGUCAACCUGCCAAACACUGAUGUUGAUCUUCCCGCUCUUUCCGAGAAGGACAAGGCCGAUCUCAAGUUCGGUGUCGAGAACAAUGUCGACAUGGUUUUCGCCUCCUUCAUCCGCCGCGCUCAGGAUAUCCAUGACAUCCGUGAGGUUCUCGGCGAGAAGGGCAAGCACAUUCAGGUCAUCUCCAAGAUUGAGAACCGACAGGGUCUCAACAACUUCAAGGAGAUCCUCGAGGCCACCGAUGGUGUCAUGGUUGCCCGUGGUGAUCUCGGUAUCGAGAUUCCCGCUGCUGAGGUGUUUGCUGCCCAGAAGAAGCUCAUUGCCAUGUGCAACCUCGCUGGCAAGCCCGUCAUCUGCGCUACUCAGAUGCUCGAGUCCAUGAUCAAGAACCCCCGCCCACCCACAGCCAAGGGUAGCUACCCCUCUGAGGCUGUCAAGGAGAUGCACGAGACCUGCCUCAAGGCCGAGAACACAAUCCCCUACGUCUCUCACUUCGAGGAGAUGUGCACUCUCGUCAAGCGACCCGUCUCCACUGUCGAGUCUUGCGCCAUGGCUGCUGUCCGCGCUUCCCUCGAUCUCGGUGCUGGCGGUAUCAUUGUCCUCUCCACCUCCGGAGAGUCGGCCCGCAUGCUGUCCAAGUACCGACCCGUGUGCCCCAUCUUCAUGGUCACUCGAAGCCCCACAACAUCUCGAUUCGCCCAUCUGUACCGUGGCGUGUACCCCUUCCUGUUCCCCGAGACCAAGCCCGACUUCACCCAGGUUAACUGGCAGGAGGAUGUCGAUCGCCGAAUCAAGUGGGCCGUCAACAACGCUCUCCAGCUCAACGUCCUCACCCCCGGUGACACCGUUGUCGUUGUCCAGGGCUGGAAGGGCGGCAUGGGUAACACCAACACCCUCCGAAUCGUCAAGGCUGACCCCGAGCACCUCGGCAUUGGUCAGCUUCAGUAA